AGAAAUGGAGGGUGAUGAAGAAUCAGGUAUAUUCGAGGCGGAUGGAGAUGUCAAUACAAAUGCGACACCGCAGAGAGCCAUUGUACGCUUACCAGAAGAUGUAGUGAACAGGAUCGCAGCUGGUGAAAUUAUUCAUCGACCUGCAAAUGCACUCAAGGAAAUGAUCGAAAACAGCCUAGAUGCAGGAGCAAAGAUGAUUCGAAUCCAAUUACGAGAUGGAGGUUUAAAAAUGCUUCAAGUACAAGAUGACGGAAACGGUGUUGCUUAUAAUGAUCUGCCACUCUUGUGUCAAAGAUUUGCAACGUCAAAAUUAAGAACGUUUUCUGAUUUACAGAAUAUGACAACUUUUGGAUUUAGAGGAGAGGCGUUGGCAAGUAUAAGCUACGUGAGUGCAAAUAUGAAUGUUGUCAGUAGGACAAAAGACAGUGAGAUUGCAUACAAGGCGUCUUAUGCAAAUGGAACUUUGGUCCCCGUCAAACCUGGCCAAUCCUCCGACCCAAAACCGUGUGCAGGAAGUCAAGGUACGUUCAUCACAGCGGAGGAUCUAUUCUUCAAUGUUCCACAGCGUAAAAGAGCUCUCAAGAGUGCAUCUGAUGAGUAUGCUAUGGCUCUAGACGUAGUGAGCAAGUAUGCUGUCCACUAUGGCGGUCGUGGCGUUGGAUUUAGUUGCAAGAAAGCGGCAUCGGCCAUGGUUGACUUGAGUGUGCCUUCAUCGAGUAGUACAACGACCUUGGAUGCAAUUGGGGUGGUGUAUGGUAGCAAAGUGUCAAAGGAGUUGAUCGAAUUACAGCAAUUCAACAAUUCUGCAUAUGGUACGCAACUGCGAGGGUAUAUCAGCAGUCCAAAUUGGAACGCAAGACGAUCGGUAUUUUUGUUAUUCAUUAACAAUCGUUUGGUGGAUUCGCCCGCUUUGCGAAGAGCUGUUCUGGCUCUUUACGCUAAUAUACUUCCAAAAGGUUAUCAUCCUUGGGUGUAUCUGGAUUUGCAUAUCGAGGAAAGCAAUGUGGAUGUGAAUGUCCAUCCAACAAAACGAGAAGUACAUUUCUUGCACGAGGAAGAUAUCAUUGAAGAGAUUUGUACAAAAAUGCAAGAUGCUCUCACGAUGGCAAACAAUACUCGAACAUUUGCAAUGACCCAAUCUGUACUUCGCAAUUUCGAUCAGGACAGAGUGAUGGAACCGACAUCAAGUGUUCGACCUAGCUAUCCACAGCAUCUUGUACGUGUUGAUGCAAGAGCGCAAACGUUGGACGGUAUGGGUGCCGUUACUCGACAGAAUGAAAAGCAACAAUCCAGUGAAGCGGAUAUCGUGCAUCCUGAGAUGUCCACACCAAUGCCAGCAACGGCAGUACAGCAAUCUUAUGCGGUAAAGCAAAGCAGAACAGAGCUAGAGAGCAUUGAAGAUUUGCGUAAAUCAAUUCAUAAGGAUCGCAGUGUGGAUUGUACGGAAAUCCUUCGCUCGUUAACUUUUGUUGGCGUUGCAGAUGCACACAGACAGCUUCUUCUCGCUCAGCAUUCCACAAAGCUGUAUUUAAUCCAAAUGGCCAGUCUGAUCGAGGAAAUCGCUUUUCAACUUCUCUUGCAACAAUUUGGUGAAUUGCCUUUGAUUCGUUUGCAGCCUGCGCCAUUGGUGCAAGAUCUGGUCAGGGCAGCCUUGCUGGCUGAAUCAGAAAAAUCCAACGCAGCACGAAGAGCAGCAAAUGUUUCUGAUGAAAAAGUGAUUGAAACUGUUCAAGAUCGUUUGAAAGCACAUGCAGAGAUGCUGAUGGAUUAUUUCAGCAUCGAAGUACGAGCGGAAGAGGAUGGCUGUAUGCGAUUGAUCUCAUUACCCAACAUCUUUGGCCAUCUUGGCAACACUUCCGGCAAAAGUGAAAUCGCUUUGCAAUUAACAAAGAUUCCAUCUUUACUACUGAGAGUAGCCAUGCAACCAGACUACACAGAAGAAAAGGCUUGCUUGCAGGCUAUUCUACAAGAACUGGCUUGGGCGCAUGUCCCUCAACAACUUCAAGAGAAUCGAUCUGACCAAUCGACUCAAAAACAAGCAAUCAAACACAAUUGGCUAAGGUUUUGGUCAACCGCACUCAAGACAUAUGUACCAUCACGCAAGCUCGCCAAACAAGGCGCAGUACUUGCCAUUACCAACUUACCAUCCUUGUAUUCUACAUUUGAAAGGUGUUAGUCACCUCAAAUCCACAGCAUUUGUACUUUUUGAAACCCACAACACAAUGUAUAGUAAUGUCAUUGAUACAAAU